AAAAACAAGAAAAAUAAUAAAAAAAAAACAAUUUAUUCGUUUUCAUUUUCGUAAUUAAAACGGAGAAAAAAGUGGGGAGGCGCUGUGGUUUGUGACCAUUCUUUAUUACCAAGUCCACAACCACCAUAGGUUUCUUCCUCAGCUUCCUUCCACUCCUAUAAAUCCAAUCCCUCCGCCGCGCCUCUCCCCUCUUCUCUCUCCACCCUCCCUCCUCCUCUACUCGUCGCGGAGGCGCCCCUUUUUUUCCGUUUAGGCCUUCCUUCUCUUCUCCCCGGAGGAUUCCAACAGGCGUUCUACUGUUGAUUUUAUUCAACGAAGAUCGAAGAUGAGUCAGUUUUAUCUUCAGCAGAACGUCGUUGCCUCUUCCGAUGAAGCAAGGGGUAUGGUAUCGAUGUCUGACCUCAGGGGUCCUGUUGUCUGCCCCAAGCCUCGCCGAGUUGGAAUCCUAGCUAACAACCCUGUCCGGCCUUUGCGGUGGCAAUUGAGUUGUAUUAAUGUCAGUCAUCAGGCGGAUGGGGGCGACUUAAGUGCCGGGGCUGAGCUUUUGGACAUUAUUCUUAAGAAGGAAGAUCAUGGGGCUGAGAAAUCCGCCAGUCAGGUGGCUUCUUCACCUCCAUAUUUUUGUGGGUCUCCUCCGGUGAGGGCUGCGAAUCCUUUGAUUCGGGAUGCUCAAUUUAGGGACGAGAAGGUUUUCCAAAACCAGCCUUCUCCUUCAUCAAUGUUGUCUCCAUCGGCGGCAUCAGCACGCAAAGGAGGGGGUUGUGUGAGAAUGAACUUUGGUUUCAAGCCAGCUGCAGUUAGAGUAGAAGGAUUUGAUUGCCUCAACAGGGAUCGCCAGAAUUCCAGCAUCCCUGCUAUGGCCUAGAAAAGUCUACAUAAAAGAGAAGGAAAAAAAUCGCCAAGUGUACAUAGUGAGAGCGAGAGGGAGCUACAAAAGAAAUGCGCCAUCAGAGUCUCGAAGUAAAACAUAAGAAGACUUAUAAAUUAACAAGAAGAGGGAGGAAGUUUGUACCUUUUUGGGAGAAGAAGAGUCGAAGUCGUGGAGAUUAGUAAUGGUUUCCUUGUGUAUAUAUGAUAUUUGUGUUUUUGCUUUUUCACCAGGUGAUCAUCUUUCAUCUUGGGCUGAUGAUAUAUUGUGUAAAGUAGGGAGAGAGUUGGAUUUUGAAGAAGAACAAGAAAGGGCAGGAAGGCCCUAGGAGAGGCCUAGCUAGCUCUGUUGUAAUAUAUAAGAGAAGGAAGGAAGGAAAGGCAGAAGGAAGAACACGCUUAGAUUCUUGGAGGGUGACUUUUAUUAUUUAAGAGUAUCGUUUUUGGUGAUCACCAUUGGAGAUGUUAUUCUUAAUUCUGUAUAGGGGAAGAAAGAUCCUUUGGUGCUGGUGAUUGAAUUUUGGUUCAGUGCAACUGCAACUGCAACUGCAACCUCCCCUUGUAAAAAUGUAAUGUGGUCUUAUUUGUGAAUGGGGCUUGGUCGAAGUGUUAUCAUUUACUAUAUGACUUAUUCUCAU